UUCAUCCAGCUCCAAGGAAGGAAGGAAGAACUGCUCGAGCCGCGCGUGUCAUUUCCAGUGUGCUGCAAAACCGCGCUGCUAUGUAACUCCCUGGAAUUAUUUAACUGGUUUUGCGGUCGGUGGGAAGUACGGUUAGAUAGUUUGGAAACACAGUCUGUGUUUUGGGGGGUACGGGGCCCGUAGGGAAGGUGGUGCAAGUGGUUUUGGAAGUGGAGCGUGGCAGAGAAAAGGAAGAAAGGGGGGGUUCUUUCCUGUGUGAUACCAGAUAGCUCGCUUCGCUUGCUUGCCACGACGGGACUGACAUAGAAUAUGGCGGAGCAUCACCCGGUUUCCGAAAACAAACACAAAUCCUCUCUGAACUCCGGAGUGUCGUACUCUGGGAACGGGCGCAGCAGCACGGCGGUGGCGGCGGAGAGAGGCAGCAACGCCGGAGCGGGAGGAGGAGGAGGGCUGUCCGGCGGCCUGUCGCAGCCGGCCGGGUGGCAGUCCCUGCUGUCGUUCACCAUCCUGUUUCUGGCUUGGCUGGCUGGUUUCAGCUCCAGGCUCUUCGCUGUCAUCCGCUUCGAGAGCAUCAUACACGAGUUUGAUCCCUGGUUCAAUUACAGAUCGACUCACCACCUCACCACAAAUGGCUUCUAUGAGUUCCUCAACUGGUUUGAUGAAAGAGCCUGGUACCCUCUGGGUAGGAUAGUAGGGGGCACAGUGUACCCAGGCCUCAUGGUUACAGCAGGCCUCAUCCAUUAUGUGCUCAACCUGCUGCACAUUACUGUCCACAUACGGGACGUGUGCGUGUUCCUGGCCCCGGUGUUCAGCGGCCUGACCUCCAUUUCCACCUUUCUGCUCACGAGGGAGCUGUGGAACCAGGGGGCGGGACUGCUGGCAGCCUGCUUCAUCGCCAUCGUCCCUGGCUACAUCUCCCGCUCCGUGGCUGGCUCCUUUGACAACGAAGGCAUUGCCAUCUUCGCCCUGCAGUUCACCUACUACCUCUGGGUGAAGUCGGUGAAGACUGGAUCUGUUUUCUGGACCAUCGGAUGCUGCAUCUCCUACUUCUAUAUGGUUUCAGCUUGGGGCGGUUACGUGUUCAUAAUCAACUUGAUUCCUCUUCAUGUGUUCGUCCUGAUGCUCAUGCAGCGCUUCAGUCGGAGAGUCUACAUAGCCUACAGCACUUUCUACAUCAUUGGCCUGAUCCUGUCCAUGCAGAUCCCAUUUGUGGGCUUUCAGCCAAUCAGGACCAGUGAACACAUGGCCGCAGCAGGUGUGUUUGUGCUGCUACAGGUCUACGCCUUUCUGCAGUACCUGAAGGACAGACUGACCAAGCAGGAGUUCCAGACUCUCUUCUUCUUGGGAGUCUCUCUGGCUGCUGGAGUUGUUUUUCUCUCUGUCAUCUAUCUGACAUACACAGGUUAUAUUGCUCCAUGGAGUGGGCGCUUCUACUCCCUUUGGGAUACCGGCUAUGCUAAGAUCCACAUUCCAAUUAUAGCUUCAGUAUCUGAGCACCAGCCCACCACCUGGGUGUCCUUCUUCUUUGAUCUUCACAUCCUCGUCUGUACCUUCCCAGCAGGCCUGUGGUUCUGCAUAAAGAACAUCAAUGAUGAGCGUGUCUUUGUGGCCUUGUAUGCCAUCAGUGCCGUAUAUUUUGCUGGCGUGAUGGUGCGUUUGAUGCUGACCCUGACUCCGGUGGUGUGCAUGCUGUCGGCCAUUGCCUUCUCCAGCGUCUUCGAACACUACCUGGGCGACGACAUGAAGAGACAGAGCCCGCCUGCAGAGGACAGCAGCGACGAGGACGACAGGAAGAAUGCAGGGAACCUCUAUGACAAGGCCGGGAAGGUGCGUAAACACGUGUCGGAGCAGGAGAAAGCAGAGGAGGGCCUCGGCCCCAACAUCAAGUCCAUAGUCACCAUGUUGAUGUUGAUGCUGCUCAUGAUGUUUGCCGUCCACUGCACCUGGGUCACCAGCAACGCCUACUCCAGCCCCAGUGUAGUGCUGGCGUCGUACAACCAUGAUGGCUCUCGUAACAUCCUGGACGAUUUCAGGGAGGCCUACUAUUGGCUGAGGCAGAACACAGACGAGCAUGCCAGAGUGAUGUCUUGGUGGGACUACGGCUACCAGAUAGCAGGCAUGGCCAACAGGACCACGCUGGUCGACAACAACACGUGGAACAACAGUCAUAUAGCGCUGGUGGGCAAAGCCAUGUCAUCCAAUGAGACCGCAGCCUAUGAAAUCAUGAGGUCGCUGGAUGUUGACUAUGUCCUGAUCAUCUUUGGAGGGGUGAUUGGCUAUUCAGGUGAUGACAUCAACAAGUUCCUGUGGAUGGUGCGCAUUGCGGAGGGGGAGCACCCCAGGGACAUCAGGGAAAGUGACUACUUUACCCCCCAAGGAGAGUUCAGAGUGGACAAAGCGGGCUCCCCCACGCUGCUCAACUGCCUUAUGUACAAAAUGUCUUACUACCGCUUUGGAGAGAUGCAGCUGGACUUCAGGACGCCCCCAGGCUUCGACCGGACACGCAACGCCGAAAUCGGCAACAAGGACAUCAAGCUGAAGCACCUGGAGGAGGCGUUCACUUCAGAGCACUGGCUGGGCAGGAUUUAUAAGGUCAAAAAGCUGGAGAACAGGGAUCGUGUGGAGCACAAGCUGCGCAGCACUGACACCACCAAGCAGAAGCACACCUCUAAAAAGACAGCCAAGAGGAAGCGGGGAUACGUCAGGAACAAGCUGUCCCUCAAGAAGGGCAAGAAACUGACCAAGAAAUCUUUAUAGAUGAUCCACCACCACCUACAGAGGCAGACUGUGGACAGGAGGGAGGAAAACAACUCUUACACACAAAACUUUCAACAAAAAUGAGCAGUAAAAAAAAAAAAAAAAAAAAAAAAAAAUCUAC